UCGACUUGUUCUCCUGGCUCUGCAGGAUGCACUUGUGAAGGCGGCGGACGUUAGGCGGCUAAACCGGAAAUGAGCCGCUUUGCUUUUUCACAUUAAAACUAACCCAAUUUGACCGACAACGAAACGAGAACGCGCACAUUCGGAUCGGUCUGACGUACAGAAACACUUGCGGACGAUUUCGGUUCAAAACGCGAUGAAACGAACCGUGAACUCUGUCCAGGUGAAGGUAUCGCGCCGUGAGCGCCGUCGACCGGAAGUCGUCGCUAAUCUGAGCUCGACGCUAACUUAACGUCGGGCUUCCUGAGGGGCGACAGCGACAACACAGCUGCGGGACACUUCUUCUUCUUCUUCUUCUUCUCCCCGCCACAUUCUCUCUGGCUUUCACGAGAUAAAUCCUCACGGCCGUUUCCCCUGUGUCGGCGCGGAGCCGGGGAGCCUUCGACGGGACGCACCGCGCCAUGACGCAGCGGUUCGGCCGGAGCCGCUGACUUCGCCCGUCGGUUGACGCGAGCGGUCCGCGGGACGAGUCCGAGUCACGAGACCCGAGCUGAGCCGCAGGCACCGCGAGGCCCCGCGGGGCGACGAGGACCUGACAGGAUGGAGAACCCUGGUUACUGCUCCGGCAGCUUCGACAGCCUUCACCACCCGCGUGUCAUCGACGAGGUUGCCGACGACGACGACGACGAUGAGAUGGUCGACAUCGCUGGGGCCACUCUGGAUUUCUCCAGCACGGACGACGUUCCUCCUCUCAGCUCAGGAGGUUACGAGGUGCAUGCCGGAGGCGGUGGGGGCGUCGCCAGAGCAGCCGGCGUGAAUGGUACCGGCCCCAGUAAACUGGUGGACCCGCUGGAGGACCUCCUGCCCGGAGUGGGCACGUACGAAGACUUCAACACCAUCGACUGGGUCCGAGAGAAGAGCAAGGACCGCGACCGACACCGAGAGAUCACCAAUAAGAGCCGUCGGUCGACCGUGGAUCUGCUGAUCAGCGUCAGCGAUGCCUUCUCCGGGUGGCUGCUCAUGCUGCUGGUGGGACUCAUGUCAGGCGCUCUCGCCGGCGGCAUCGACAUCGCCGCCCACUGGCUGACGGACAUGAAGGAAGGCGUGUGUCUCAUCGGCUUCUGGUUCAACCACGAGCACUGCUGCUGGAAUUCCAACGAGACCACGUUCCAGGAGCGGGACCGCUGUCCGCAGUGGCAGAGCUGGGCGGAGCUCAUCACGGGGACGCCGGAGGGUGCGUUUGCCUACAUUGUGAACUAUUUGAUGUACAUCUUCUGGGCGCUGCUCUUCGCCUUCCUGGCCGUCGCGCUGGUCCGGGCCUUUGCUCCGUACGCAUGUGGCUCUGGAAUACCGGAGAUUAAAACCAUCCUGAGCGGCUUCAUCAUCCGCGGCUACCUGGGGAAGUGGACCCUCAUCAUCAAGACCAUCACCCUGGUGCUGGCCGUCUCCUCGGGGCUCAGUCUGGGGAAGGAGGGCCCCCUGGUGCACGUGGCGUGCUGCUGCGCCAACAUACUGUGUCACCUGUUCACCAAGUACCGGAAGAACGAGGCCAAGCGGCGAGAGGUUUUAUCGGCGGCGGCAGCAGUCGGCGUGUCCGUGGCGUUCGGCGCACCCAUCGGAGGAGUUCUCUUCAGCCUGGAAGAAGUGAGUUAUUACUUCCCGCUGAAGACGCUGUGGCGCUCCUUCUUCGCCGCGCUCGUCGCCGCCUUCACGCUGCGCUCCAUCAACCCGUUCGGCAACAGCCGCCUGGUGCUGUUCUACGUGGAGUUCCACGCUCCGUGGCACCUGGUGGAGCUGGCCCCCUUCAUCCUGCUGGGCAUAUUCGGCGGCCUGUGGGGGGCGCUGUUCAUCAGGGCCAACAUCGCCUGGUGCAGGAGACGUAAAACCACUCGCCUGGGUCACUACGCCGUCACGGAGGUGCUGGUGGUCGCCGCGGUGACCGCCCUGCUCGCCUUCCCCAACAGCUACACCAGGAUGAGCGGCGCCGAGCUCAUCUCCGAGCUGUUCAAUGACUGCUCGCUGCUCGACUCCUCCCAGCUCUGCGGCUACAAACAGCCGGCCAACACGUCAGAAACAGGUGUUGGUAACAGCCUGGCGGACCGGCCGGCAGGGGAAGGCCUGUACACCGCUCUGUGGCAGCUGGCCUUGGCCUUAGUCUUCAAGAUCUUGAUCACCGUCAUCACCUUUGGCAUGAAGGUUCCCUCCGGCCUCUUCAUCCCCAGCAUGGCCGUCGGCGCCAUCGCCGGCCGCCUGCUGGGCGUCGGCAUGGAGCAGCUGGCCUACUACCACCACGACUGGUUCAUCUUCAAGGGCUGGUGCUCGCCGGGGGCGGACUGCAUCACGCCGGGGCUCUACGCCAUGGUCGGCGCCGCCGCGUGCUUAGGCGGCGUGACCCGCAUGACGGUGUCGCUGGUCGUCAUCAUGUUCGAGCUGACCGGCGGGCUGGAGUACAUCGUCCCGCUCAUGGCCGCGACCAUGACCAGCAAGUGGGUGGCGGACGCUUUCGGGAGAGAGGGAAUCUACGAGGCUCACAUCCGGCUGAACGGUUACCCGUUCCUGGAGCCGAAGGAGGAGUUUGACCACAGCAGCCUGGCGGUGGACGUGAUGAGGCCACGGAGGUCGGACCCCGCGCUCGCCAUGCUCACGCAGGAGGGCAUGACCGUCGGCGAGGUGGAGGCGCUGGUGGAGAGCACGCGCUACAGCGGUUUCCCUGUGGUCGUGUCCCAGGAGUCGCAGCGGCUCGUGGGUUUCGUGCUCAGACGAGACCUGCUAAUAUCCAUAGACAACGCCCGGAAGCGGCAGGAUGGCGUCGUCAGCGCCUCGCAGGUGGUCUUCACCGAGCACGUUCCGCCCCACGCCGCCGACGGUCCGCCCCCCCUCCGCCUGCGGGGGAUCAUGGACCUGAGCCCCUUCACGGUCACCGACCACACGCCCAUGGACAUCACCGUGGACAUCUUCAGGAAGCUGGGCCUACGCCAGUGUCUCGUCACGCACAACGGGAAGCUGCUGGGCAUCAUCACGAAGAAGGACAUUCUGAAGCACAUGGCGCACAUCGCCAACAGAGACCCCGACUCCAUCCUCUUCAACUGAGCCGCCUCCUCCUCUUCCUCCUCUGUGGACCAGACACCAGCACCAUCUUCUUCUCUUUCCACUUUGAAAAGAAGCUGUGCAGAGAAAGUCAAGUAAGUGGAGCUCCAUGUGCACAGGCGACCACAGAACAAUGGAAUAUAAUUUUUUUUGUUUUGUUUUGUUUUUUUGGUAAGUUGGAGACGUUUUUUUUCUGAAAGUGACCACUUGGAAAAAAGAAAAAAAAACAGUGACUCCUCCCGGUUUGACCCGGACGCCUGCGGGACGGAUGCACACGAGGAAAGCUAGUCAAUGGAAUAUUUCACAUCUGCUUUUCUUGGGCUUUUUAUUUUUUCUCUUCCUCCCUCUUGGAAUUCUCAAAAUUCUCUCCCCUCCAUUUGUCUUUUUUUUUUUUUCUUCUUUUUUUUUUAAAGGAGGUGGGAAAAGAUAAUCCCGUUGUGGAGGAGGGGAGGAGGAGGAGGAGGAAGAGAUGAAGGGAGGGUUGGGAAUCUCCGUGCCUGUCUGCCCUCCGGCCGCCCCAGCGAGCACGGACACGGCGCUCCGAGCUGGGCUGAUGGAUGCUCCGACGCCUCCCUCCCCCCUCUUCCCUCCCCCUCCUCCUCCUCCUGUAGCUCCGGGCUGAAGGAUUCCAGAGUGUGACAAGUGGAUCUAAUGCACACACACACUUACACUCCUUAACGACUUCAUGGAAGCCUGGGAACUCUCCAGAUUCUUCUUCUUUUUCUUUUUGUUGUCAGACGAUUGACAGUUGUAAACUCCCACCUGGGAACGCUGCGGCUGUCGUCUCCGAUCGGACAGUCAUAUUCCCAAAUAAAACACAUAGACAAUGCUGCCUCAUGGAAGGACGUGAACGUUCCUCGGCUCCUGUGGAAGGUUUAAAAAAAACAAAUAUAUAAAUAUAUAUAUAUACAUAUAUAUAUAUAUAUAUAUAAGAAGGAGAGAAUCAUGACGUGGAUUAAUUUAUGUUUAUGUAAAAGAAAAAAAUUGUUUGUUCCACUAAAUUAUUUCACUGACUUGAACGAGUGUUUUGUCUUUUCCUGGAUCCUUGUCAGCUUUCUGUUCCUGCCUGUUCCUGGUUUUUUAAUUAAACUUCAAUAUUCUCUUUGUUUUAAAGUACGAGAGUACUUUAAGUAUCUGAAAACCAGGAAAACUGGAAACAUCACAAAUAAUCAUGAAAGAAAACGGCUGAUUUGUCGAGGAAUGAACCGGAAAUAAUCAAAUUUAAUAAUUAGAUUUGUUUAGUGAAAUAUCUGCAGCUUCUCCUUCUAGGGAGGGUUGGUUGGUUUGAUGAAACAAAACAAUCUGAAUACGUCGCGCUCACAGACGAAUGAGAAAGAAAGUCAUCAGCAUAUUGAUGAAUAAUAAAAAAUGACUCAGAUUUUAAUCUGUGGCUUCACAUGGAAAACUGUCGGUCCUCUUCCAAAUAUGACCAAGUCUGUAGAACUGUGAUUCUACAUGAAUCAGAUUGAUUUUGAUUUGAUUUGAUUUUGUUUUAGCAUCUUUCAGCUCAUCGUUCUUGGUUUACCAACGAUUAUUUUACAGUGUUGUUUCACUUACACUGAUCAUAAUAAUGUGACAAACAAGUAAAAUAAAAUUCAAAUAAAAUGUUUGUAUACCAACUGAUUAAUAGAUAAUAAUAAGUUAAUGUCUGAUAGAUCCCAAUAUUGAUAUUUAUUUUUUUGGUGGGGCAAUGACAAUUCUGAUAUCAGGGAGUAAAACAUUUACAUUUAUGGACCUAUAUACAAAAGAAAUAAAAAAAAUUUGGCAACCAUA